CAUCUCGUGCUCAACGGGACGGUCGGCGCGCGGCUGCACGUCAGCUUCCCGGUGCUGAACCGUUCCUUGUUCGGAUUCAGGUUCAGCUACUUCUCUGUCGUCUCCCGCGUCGUGCUCUUCAUGUUCUGGUUCGGCAUUCAAACGUAUACUGGGUCCGAGUGCGUGUACCAGAUGCUGAAGGCCAUCUGGCCGUCCCUCGCGCACCUGCAUAACGGGUUGGCUCCUGGGGCGAACAUCACGACUGCUGGAUUCAUGUUGUACUGGCUGAUCCCAGUUCUUGUUGAUGCUCGUCUCCCCACAGAAGAGCCGCUGGCUGUUCAUGAUCAAGGCGUUCGUCGUUCCGCCCGCGUGGCUGGCCAUGCUCAUCUGGUCCUUCGUUAAGGUCCCGUCGAGCAAGGGCCUGUUCGAGCAGCAUAGUGCGCUGUCGGGCAGUGCAAUGUCGUACGCGUGGCUGAGCGCAUUGACCAGCGCGCCGGGCAUCUACUCGACCCUCGCUGUCAACAUCCCAGACUUCACCCGCUACGCGAAGAAUGAGCAAGCCCAGUGCGUCCAGUAGCUCAUCGUUCGCCUUCACGCUCGUCGGGUUUACCUGUAUCGCCGUCACUUCCGCGGACAUGUCGCUCUACAGCGGCGCGGUGCUCUGGGACCUGCUGCAGCUCAUCGAUCACCGGGACAACCGCAUUGCGGCAUCUUUGCUACCUUUUCGUUUGUACUCUCCGCCUUUGGCACGAACAUAUCUGCGAACUCGCUGUUAGCCGCGAACGACACGGCCACGCUCUUC